AUGUUCGCCAGAAACCCCAUACGCUAUACCGGUGGAAUUACUCAGAGGUUUUCGGACAUUGAUUUCGCAGGAAUGGACAAGGAUAGGUGUGUUGCGUUCAUCGAAAGGUUCAUUGGGGAAAAGUGUGAGAAGCUCUAUUACUGCCAACCUGAUAUUGAUUUCCCAAAAGGUUUGACUCUAAUUUGCAAUGACCCCGAUUAUUACGACUUCAUUGAAAUUGCAUAUGAAUGUGGUGUUAUACUCCCUAUGUAUGUAGACCAUUUUGGGGAUAGUAACAUACAUGAAUGGUUGGAUGAACACAAAGACGAGUUUGUUGGUAACGUUGAGGAAGAAGUACUUGAUGGUGCAGGACUGGUUAAGGAAGUUACACCAGUGUAUCGGGAUGUGGGUGACAGUGACACGAACGAUGAGGUAGAGAUGGGUGAGAAAGCAGGUGCAGGUGAGUUUUUCGAAGAAGACAUGGGGGACAAUGAAGAUGUUUAUCCCGAAUUGCCAAACAUUUUCAAUGAUAAGCUCAAUUGGAAGGAGCAGGAACCUAUUUUAGGGGAGUUACUUUGUGCUGUGGGUAGAGAUGUUAACAAUGGAAUAUUCCCAAUUUCUUGGGCAGUUGUUUCUGUGGAAAACAAAGAGAUUUGGAAAUGGUUCUUAGAAACUCUUUCAGAAGAUUUGCAAUGUUGGAAUGAUGGUAACGGUUUGGUUCUAAUUUCGGAUCAACACAAGGGUUUGAUUGAGGCAGAGUCUGUAAACGUUGCCACAGGAGUAGGGGAUGAUAAAGUAAUCGUAGAUGCUACUGAUGCUUUGGAUAGGCCUAGAGAUGAAGAGCGAAUGGUGGGAGUCAAUGGACGGGAUGAAGGGGUGAAUGUCAAUGCUCGAGUUAAGCAUGUUAAACCACCUAAAAUGCGAAAUAAGUCAGAACGAAUCAUUAAACUGAAGCUUGCCAAAAAUGUACGAGGUGAAGGUAGUAGUGUUACAACGACCAUGGAUUUGGAUUAA